AUGAAGUUUGCUACUGCUAUUAUCGCUGCUUUUGGUUUUUCCGCCGUGGCUAAUGCCAAUUUAAUCCAACGUGGUUAUGAUGAUGACAAUGACGACGACAGCUCUCCUACUCCAAUCUACAAUCCUUACACCGCAGGAGGUGGAAUCACCACUUUCCCCAACAGAUUUGCAUUAGGUGCCAAAAUUGAUGGAGACAUUUAUGUUGUUUUUGAAUUGAGUGAUGGUCAAAUUGAGUACGGACCCAAAAAGUACACAGUUCCUUGUGUUACUCCAACUCCUACUCCAACUCCUUGUGAAGAGCCUACUCCUAAUCCAAUUACUUACACCCAUCCAAAUCCACACAAGCCUUGGAAACGUGAUGGAUUUGAUUUCGAUGGUGAUGAUUCCUGGUUAACUUUUGAUUCAUCGUAUGGAUAUGAUUGGUACACUUUGAAAAAUUCCGUUUUGAGAGAUUCUAAAUAUAGAAUUGGGGAAAUUGCCGCUAAUCAUCAAUUCCAAUUUGAUUCGCCAGUUCAACCGGAUGCAUUGUAUUCUUCAGGGUUUUCAAUUGUUCAUGAUGACGGAUAUUGGUUGUUGGCAUUGAAUGGUAAAACUACAUUUUGGGAUUCUCCAGUUAAUGAUAAUGGCAUUUACAAGAUUUAUAAUGCUCCAAUUAAUCCAAAAGCAAGAAAAAUUGAACUUGUUGUUCUUGUUCUUCUUUGA